UAAUAAAUAAUGAAUUUAUCGAUCCCAGCAAUAUAAGCUUCUCCAAAUUAUUUCAGAUUCAAACGAGCUGGUUAAUAAAUAAAUACUUAAUCAGAAAUAAACUAUAUAGCAAAGCCCAAUGAGUCUGCUUUAAUAGUUUAAGAAACUUCCCAAGUUUAGGAAGAAUUAGAAUAUUAAAUAACUGAAAUAGAACAAUCAUAAGAACAAGAAAUCACUGUAUUUCCAGAUGGAUUUAUUGACAAUCCAUUUACUAUUGAUCUGUGGCAUUUGAUAUUUUAUGAAAAGCUCCAUUGUUCGGAUAUUUUUUUCCAGAAAAUUAUGCUAAGAUCAUGGGCUCCUGUUAUGAUAAAAUCUUCUUUGUUAUUAAAGAUUAAACAACUAAUUGAACGCUUAUGGCCUUUUAACUUUUAAAUAAAUUUCGGCUUUGACAUCAAGUUAAAUGACCAAAUUUUAAUUGAUGCGAAACCAUCAUUUGCAACAAAGUUUUAUCUUAUCUCUUAAAAUUUAAUAAUUGGGGUAUAUUUUAGACCUUAACUUAGAGAUUAAUAAAAUUUUAUCUAUUUACCAUUAAAAAAUGCUAUUUUUAAAAAACAUUUAGUUGCUACUAAAAGCAGAUUUUAUUAAUUAUUUAAAGCCAUUGUAAGACACCCUUAUAUUUCUUAAGUGGCAAAUACUUCAUAUGAUAAAUAUUUAAAGUCAUUCUUGUUCUAAUCUUAAUUCAUAAAAAAUAAUUAAGCAAAAACAUAAAAGUAAAACAUUUAUAAAAUAAAUCAAAAGUCAUUUCAUCUCUCUUUUAUUCCUUCGUAUUAAUACAAUUAAAAUUAUUUCCAAUCGAUUAUUGUAUUUAGAUAUGUUCAAUUAAUAUUUUAUUAUAUUUGA